AAAAUAAAAAAUAAAAAAAUCAAUUUUUUACCGGUAACGUUACCUGCAGCUCACCGCAACUACACUUCCACCACUAUACGUCUAUACGUGAUCCAACGACUUUGGCCAUCUAUAAAACUGCAAGAACGUGGGCGAAUCCCGUCUUCCAUCCCCAUCUGGCGACCGCCACUUGAUCACGCCUCUCGUUCUACUCCCGGCGAUUUCGGCAGAACCCUGAACCUUUGAUGGGCAUUUCCCCUCCGGUCUUCUUACAUGGCAGCCGGCCUAGCCACCGUUAGCUCCGCCCCUCUUCUCUUCUUCCCUGAUGUCAUAAUUGCACGUUCAAAGCCCGUUUGUAGCUUCCUACUCCUCCACCUGACUCUUCUUCACUCUCUUUUAUAACCCUAGGCGAUUUCCCAAUCUAGGGACUUGCGAUCGAUUGAGUUCUGGGACUUGUAGGAUGGCGGCGGUUUUCUUGCAUCAUGUGGUUGGAGAUCUCACAGUGGGGAAGCCUGAUAUGAGGGAGUUCUGGGAAGGGGAGACGGUGGAAGCAGCGAUUGGGGAGAUUGGAGAGGGCUCGGAGAGAGCGGUCACAGUAUGGCGAAGGAAAGGGGAGGAGGUUGUCGGGGAGAGUGAGAGGGCCGCGAGGUUCGUUGGGAUUUUGAAUUCAUUGGACGUGGUGGCGUUUCUGGCUAGGGAAGGGGAUCGGGAGAAGGCAAUGGGGACACCAGUCAGGGAGGUCGUUAAACAUAAUCCAUCGCUGCUUAAAGAGGUCGAUCCUGCGGCUAGGUUGAUUGAUGCACUGGAGAUGAUGAAACAGGGUGUUCAGUGCCUCAUUGUGCGCAAGAGUGUCGCAUGGAAAGGCAUCAGCAAGCGCUUUUCCAUUCUCUACAACGGCAAAUGGCUAAAAAAUUCUGACUCUUCUCCCACAAAUUUAACCACCAACUUCUGUGAAAACAGUGGCUCCCCUUCUUCAUCCUCCAAAGAGAUCCAAUACUGCUGUCUAUCCAGGGAAGAUGUUGUCCGCUUCGUCAUCGGCUGCCUCGGCGCCCUCGCUCCAAUACCCCUGUCCUCAAUAUCUUCUCUGGGCGCCUUAAGUUAUAACUACCACUUCAUCGAGGCCUCCUCCCCCGCCCUUGAAAUCCUCCACAAUUUUCCUCAGAACCCGUGUGUUGCCGCCGUGGUGGAGACCUCGGUCGAUGGUGCUUGGAAGAUCAUCGGCGAGAUUUCGGCAUACAAACUUUGGAAAUGUGACUAUGUCUCUGCUGCCUGGGCCAUGUCGAACCUUUCGGCCGGUCAGUUCGUGAUGGGCUCUGAGGAUGAGGACCAGGACUCGCCUCCGGACUUCGUCCUCACCUCUCAGUUGGAGAACGGAAUUGUGGAGUCUGUCAGGCACAAGAAAUUCAGCAGCCGGAGCAUGGGGUUCUUAAGCCAGCAGCCAUUGGGUGGCUGGAGGUCAACGCGGAGCAUGUAUAGGGGCCGCAGCGCACCUCUCACCUGCCGGACGACAAGCUCUCUCGCAGCGGUCAUGGCCCAGAUGCUUUCGCACCGGGCAACACAUGUUUGGGUGACAGAAGCCGAGCUGGAAGAAAACAUACUUGUGGGCAUUGUGAGCUACAAUGAUAUUCUGCAUGCAAUUACGAAGAACCCUGCUAGUGUUUCUACAAUCAUGCCAUGAAAACUUUUGAUCUGUUCUUUAUUGUUCGUCUGAUGUAGCGAAGAUUUAAAGCGAAGAUUUAAAGUGAUGUUUUGUU